GUCAUUUGUUGCCAUUGUUCACUAUUGGGGAUACCUUUUAAUUGAUUGUAAUACAUGUAAUCGGAUUACAUAACCAUUAUUAUUCUAAACUAUAAUGAAUACAUUAUGUCAUAUUCUAUGUUAUAUAGUUUUAUAUCAAAUUCUAUGUAUUACAUGGAUUGGCAAAGUUGAUUCAGGUCAUUCAGAGAAACGUUUAUUAAAAUAUUUAUUUGAUCAAAAACGAUGGGAUGCCCACAAUCCAAUGGAACGUCCAGUUUCAGUAGAUGGUAAACCUGUACAAGUAUUUCUUAAAUGUUUCCUUAAUCAAAUAAUGGAUGUAGAUGAAAAAAAUCAAGUUCUAUCUACAAUCAUUUGGCUUGAUUUAAAAUGGUCAGAUUAUCAUUUCCAUUGGAAUGCAAGUGACUAUGAAAAUAUUCGACAGAUAAAUUUACCACCAGAGAGAAUAUGGAAACCAGAUAUUCUAUUAUAUAAUAGUGCUAGUGAAAAAUUUGAUCAAAUUUUUCCAACGAAAGUCAUUGUUAGAAAUACUGGAAAUAUUCAAUGGGUACCACCGGGUUUAUUUCAUUCUAUUUGUGAUAUUGAAGUGAAUUGGUUCCCAUUCGAUUCACAGAAUUGUAUAAUGAAACUUGGAACAUGGACUUAUCAAGGAAAUACAGUAGAUUUAAAAUUACAAUGUGAUAAUGAAACUGAAGAUGUAGAUCAACCAUGUCAUUAUAUGAAUGAUGUUGAUUUAUCUACUUAUUUAGCUCAUAGUGAAUGGGCUUUAGAAAGUGCUUCCAUUAAACGUAAUAUACAAACUUAUGGUGGUGAAGAUCAAACAUACAUUGAUGUUACCAUUUAUGUUUAUAUGCAACGUCGUGCAUUGUAUUAUAUGUUCAAUAUUAUCAUACCAUGUAUGAUAAUGUCAAUGAUGGCAUUACUUGUAUUCACCUUACCACCUGAAGCCAAUGAGAAAAUUGUAUUGGGUGUUACCACUUUACUUUCGUUGACAAUGUUAUUGCAAUUAGUAGCUGAUAAACUGCCACAAACAUCAUCAGGAAAUCCUGUACUUGUCUUAUAUUUCACAUGCACAAUGAUCCUUUGUUCACUUUCAUUGGUAUGCGCUGUGGUUUUGUUAAAUUGUCAUCAUCAUACAGGAGGUAUUGUUUAUGUACCAUGGUGGAUUGAAACAUUAAUUAAUAUAUGGUUAGCAAGUAUUCUAAGAAUUGAUCAUGAUCUAUCGGAUCCUAACAAUAAUGAUAAUCACCAUGGUGAUAAUAAUAAUAAUAAAACGGAACCAAAUUUAAAAAAUUCUAAAGAAAAAUUAAUCCCUAGUGAAAACUCUUUUCAAUUAGAUCAAUAUGAUUAUGAUAAAAUCAAUCAUCAUAUACACCUUAAUCAUUCAUAUAAUAAUAAUAAUAAUGGUAAUGGUAAUAAUAAUGUAAGAAAUGCUACAGUUUGGUCCAAUAUCAUUGAUAUGAAUUCGGAAUUUCGUCCAGCAAUUGUCAUUCAUAAACCAUUCAAACAUAAUCCUAAUCAUAAUAGUAAUAUGAAAAAAUCUUUAUUCAUGAAUCAAAUCAAAUUGAAAUCUGAAUUACAAAGUAGAAUUCAACAAAAUUAUUUCAUUGAUCUGGAUCCGGAUUAUGAUCGUGAUCGUUGUGAUCAACAUCGAUUAUCAACAGAUUUAUUAGGUAAACCAUUGAAUAAUAUGCCUUAUCAUACCACUAAUACUACUACAAUACCAGAGAAUAAAGGGAAUAGUCGAACAAAUGCAACUAGUCGGUUACAAUAUACAUGCAAACGAAAUUUAACUGAAAAGUCAAGUAAGUAGUAUGGUGUGAUUUUUGUUGUUGUGGAAUGUUUUAACCUUUUCAUUCAUUCAUUCAUUCAGAAAGUAAGUUAGUAAGGCAAUUGUGUACAGUGUAUGAUCUAGCAUUAAUGAACAUCCUUUCAAAUGGUUGUUUCUAAUCAGUUCAGUAAAAAGGAGAGCAAAUAACUUACUACUUACUUACUUACUUCUGAUACCCCGAUGGAGCAUACGCCACCGACCAACAUUCUCUAACCCACUCUAUCCUGAACCUUUCUUUCUCAUUCUAUCUAAUUGUUGUUCAUUCUUCUCAUGUCUUUCUCCAUUUCUCAAAGUAAUGUGUUCUUUGGUCUUUCCUCUUUCCCAUUAGCCUUGAAGAUUCCAAGUGAGAGUUUGCCUUGUGACACAGUUGAGUGAUUUCCUCAAUGUGUGUCCUAACCAUUUCCAACACUUCUUCCUGAUUUCUUCCUCUUCUGGGAUAUGGUUUAUUCGCUCUCGCACAGUAGGUUGUUGCUGAUAGUAUCUAAUCAACGGAUCCGAAGUAUUUUGUAUAGACAACUGUUAAUAACGACUUGUAUCUUCUGGAUGAUGACUUUAGUAGUUCUCCUGGUUUCCACUCCAUACAUUGAAACUGUCUUGACAUUUGUAUUGAAAAUCCUAACUUAAGUGUUGAUUGACAGUUGUUUUGAGUCCCAGAUGUUCUUCAAUUAUAAAUAUGCUGCUCUUGCUUUGUCGAUCCACGCUUUCACAUCUGUACCAGAUCCAUCGUGUUCAUCAAUGAUGCUACCCAGAUAUGUACAGGUUUUUAUAUCUUCCAAAUCUUCUCCGUCAAGUGUGAUUUGAUCGGUAUAUCUUGUGUCUUCAGUGACUUCAUGCACUGAUAGUGCGUCUUGCUCUAGUCACUUUGAGGUUUCUUUCAACUUAUCACUACUUCAACAACCAUAUUGCCUAAAACAAAGUGUUAAUUAGAUAUUCGUGGUACAUGUUCCAGUUAUCUUAGCCAACUAAUUGCUCCAUUAAACCAAUUUACUAUCUUCAUCUAUUACCCUACGUUUAACCUUAAACAUUUCUAAUUCAUUUGUAUAAUCACAAUUGAAUAAUGCUUCGAAAAUAAUACUGGUGUACUAGUGAUAACAGUUACUAUAAAUGAAACAUAAUAAUUACUGGAAUUAAAUUUCGUAAACGAUAUCACAUUUCAAUGACUUCUGUGUUUAUAGGGAUAAAUUUAGUUUCAAAAGUACUCAACAACUGAAUUUUAUUCAUUUGUUUAAACACAUAAACUUUGGUACGAGGAGGCACCGAACAGAUAUGCGUCACAUAGAUCGAAUAAUUUAUGUGAGAGCUCGGAUACUGAACGGGUGCUCAGACCGAAGCAGAUGAUCCUGUUAGAAGGCCAUACCCCGAGCAUUUGACCUAAGAGUCUAAUCCAUAAGGUAUUGGAGCAUCGUAAGGAGAUGCAGU